GCCUUCGGUGCACCUCUGAUACUGCAGGGCUGUUACAUGGGUUACAUGAUGAAUACACUAAUCAUCGCAUUGGUUUUUGUAAUAUGUUUAAAUCAUUUUCUUUUGGUCCAAGCUCGUAAUACAUUGUGGAACGGUGCUGAACUCAGGGGUCAGAACAGAACCGACAGGAAGACCAGAGGGCUCCACACCCCCACUCCUGUCGACUGUUCCCUGGGGCCAUGGUCACUCUGGACCUCCUGUUCCCCAUGUCACGGCACAACUUACAAACACCGGUAUUUACAACAGCCGUCCAAAUUCAGUGGUAUGGAGUGUACCGGGGUGCAGUGGAAUGAGAAAUCCUGCUCAACAAUGAAGAAGUGCUCAGAGGUCCAUACAUGCGGGGAGGGAGAAUUUAUGUGUGAGGAAACAGGCCGCUGCAUAAACACCCGUCUUAGGUGUAACGGAGACAUCGACUGCAGAGAUCAGUCAGACGAGGAAGGCUGUGACGAGCGGGAAGAGGGCGACUAUGACUUCUGCAAGAAGCUCUUCCCCAUUCCAGGGUCAGAAAACGUCGUUCGUGGAUAUAACAUUUUAACUCAAGAAUACGCAUUCAAUACCCUUGACCCCAAAUACUAUGGUGGAUUCUGUGACUAUGUGUAUAAUGGAGACUGGAGAGAGCUGAGGUACAACAGUGUGUGUGAACGGUUGUACUACAAUGACGAUGAGAAGUAUUAUAGGAAGCCUUACAACUUCCAUAGCUACCGUUUCAUGGCCCAGGCUGAUUCUGGAUUUUCUUCAGAGUAUUAUGAUGAUGUUUCUGGGCUGCUAGAUGCUAAGAAAAAUGAAUUCUCUUUCCAUGCUUCAGGGACAGUUGGCAUUUAUAUUUUUGAGGGUGGAAUGUCUAUACAAGGGGAAUAUAUGUCUUUAAAGAAUAUAUCUGAAUACACCAAGAAAAAUGUGGGAUUUGUGAGAAUGGUGACCAAAGUUCAGACUGCUCAGUUUAAAAUGAGGAGCAGUGGCUUAGUUCUGGAUGAAGAGAUGUACCAGACUCUGAUGGAACUUCCUGACGAAUACAAUUAUGGAAUGUACUCUAAGUUUAUCAGUAAUUACGGAACCCAUUAUAUAACUGAAGGGACCAUGGGGGGAGUCCUUGAGUACAUUUUGGUUGUCGACAAAGAAGUGAUGAGGAAAAGUGAAAUGAAUGGCUAUCAGAUAGGGGGGUGCUUUGGCUUAUCAAUAGGGCUCACUAUGCCCAUGCAAGAAACGAGUGUAGAAUCAAAACUGUCAGUCAAGGGGAACAUAUGCCACAAAUAUGGAUCAAUGAAUAAUGCUGCAUCUUCCAGUAACAGUCACAUUUUAGAUGUGAUACCUCAGAUUCGAGGUGGGGACAUUAGGUCAAGUGGAGGAUUGUUAGGAGUGUUUGAUGAGAAAUCCUACCGGCACUGGGGGAAGUCCUUAAAAUACAGCCCUGACUUGAUAGAUUUUGAGAUUCUUCCUAUAUACGAGCUCCUUCGUUUCAGUAAUGUAGGCUCUAUUGACGUGAAAAUAGACAAUAUGAAAAGAGCUUGGACGGAUUAUUUGAGGGAGUUCAGCCCGUGCCGCUGCGGCCCCUGCCAGAACAAUGGGAUGCCUCUCCUGAGUGGAAGCAAAUGCAAGUGUAUUUGUCUCCAGGGGUAUGCAGGGGAGGCUUGCGAGGAGACCAAGAGAACUGGUCCCAUGCAUGGAGGGUGGAGCUGCUGGACUCAGUGGUCGGAUUGCAGGUCCGGGACUAUGACAAGAACGAGAGAAUGCAACAACCCAGCGCCUAGCAAUGGGGGGACAAGGUGCCUGGGGAGGAACACACAAACUGCACCAUGCUAACUGCUUCUUAUAAUCUGAGUGAUCUAUAACACAAACUGCACCAUGCUAACUGCUUCUUAUGAGUGUGCUCAUUCAAUAGGAAUGUUGUACAGACCGGUAUUGAUGCGGUUUGGAAAACCCUUUCUGUAUCUUCAUUACCAAGUAACAAAGCAAACAAAUUAAAAAAUAAAUAAAUAAAAAAUGUCUUUGUAUGGCAUUAUUAACCAGCUUAUCCUCUUAACACAAAAUGCAUUGACAAAGAUGCUUCUUUUUACUUUAUUUCUAUGUUUAUUUCACUGCUACCUCCUUUAAUGGAAGGUCUUAUUUUUUUAGCUAGUGUGGGGGUGUGACAUGAAUGAUUAGAACUUAUGCAAUGUAGUAGCAGGAAAUAGUGGUUAAAUUGUGAUUUGGGGGAGUCUGCUGCUAUUUUAUUCUUUUGUCUGUGUGCAGGACAGUACCCCGAACUUUAAAGUGAAGGGUGGGUGGAUCGUUGCAAAGUAAUCAAAAGACAGUGGAGUCUAUUCAAUUGAUGUUAUACAUCUAAAUACUGCAUCUAUUUAAUCAUUAAACUGAGUCUUGCUGCAUUUUCCCUUACAAAAGUUUCCCAUACUAAAUGCAUUGUGGAGUGUAAUAAAGUACAAAGAAAGCACGAUAAAGCAUAAGGAAGCAUUGUAAAGCACAGAGAGGCACGAUAAAGCAUAGGGAAGCAUUGUAAAGCACAGGGGUAUGGUAAAGUAUAUUAAAAAACAAGGCAAACUAGGAAAACCAUGGGAAAGCACCGGGAGAAAAUUGCAAAAUUACUGGGCAACAAUACUGUGGCAAAUUUUUAUAAGGGGUUGCUCUAUAUAUUGUUACGAGAAGAAAGGAGCCCAGCAUGAACUGUUUGAUGUUUGAUUUUUAAAAACUUGAGCCCUUCAGAAGUAGUUCGGUCCAUGUCAAUUGAAUAAACAUUCUGGCCUGUAC